AUGCGCACUUGUGCUAAAUCUGGGAUUGGUAAACCUAGAAUAAAUUCUACCCUUCUAAUUGCUCAUCUUGAGUCAAAAUCUACCAAAGCUACCUUGAAAUAUCCUUCUUGGAAAACAGCUAUGCAAACAAAAUAUGAUGCUCUCAUUAAAAAUGAAACAUGGACUUUAAUUGAUCUUCCAUCAUCCAAAACUGCUAUUGGUUACAAGUGGAUUUUUAGGGUGAAAGAAAAUCCAGAUGGCUCUGUCAAUAAGUACAAAGUCAGGCUGCCUUUCUUCAGCAUCCCUUUUCUCUUCAUGCAUACUGUGAUGCUGAUUGAGCUUCUGACCAUGAUGAUAAAAGCAGCCACUACUGUAGAGCCACAAGCCAAUGUUGCUCAGGCUCAACACAGUGUUGCUCAGAACACUAAUUCGACCUACGACAACUAUAAUGGAGGUAAUUGUUUCCUCAACAAUGGUCAUGGAGAUGGCUACAACUUCUCUCAUGGUGGUUGUGGUGGUGAUCAUGGCUAUGGUGAUGGCUGUGGGGGGUUGUGGUGGUCAAUUUUCUCUAACAUUUAG